AUGGAUCUCUUAAAAGUUGCAAUGAUUGGCUCGGGCAAUUGGGGAACAACUGUGGCUCGUAUUGUUGCAUCGAAUAUAGAAAUUUAUAAAGAGGAAUUUGAUCCGAUUGUAAAAAUGUGGAUGUUCGAAGAAAUUGUUAACGGCAGAAAGCUGUCAGAAAUAAUUAACACUGAACAUGAAAAUGUGAAAUAUUUGCCCGAUAUUCUUAUUUUUGUUACACCACAUCAGUUUCUCGUCAAUAUUUGCAAUAAUAUGAAAGGAAAACUGAAAGAGAAUGCUAUUGGUAUUUCUCUCAUUAAGGGUUUAUUACCGGAAAAGAAGGGUGGAAUAAGAUUGAUUUCUGAAGAAAUUCAUGAUAUAUUAAAUAUCAGUGUAUCAAUUUUAAUGGGUGCAAAUCUUGCUCAAGAAGUUGCGGAUGGGCAUUUUUGUGAAGCCACACUUGGUUGUUUAGAAAGCAAUGAAAUAAGUGAAAAAUUACGAAAGCUUUUUGAGACCGAUAACUUCAAAAUUAGUGUCGUUCAUGACCCAAAAACUGUGGAAGUUUGUGGCGCCUUAAAGAAUAUUGUCGGUUGUGCCGCUGGCAUAGCUGAUGGAUUAGACUGUGGACAAAACACAAAAGCAGCUAUUCUUCGAAUUGGCCUUGUUGAAAUCACCAAGUUUGUGGACAUGUUUUAUCCUGGUUCGCACAUACGUACAUUUUUCGAAAGUUGUGGUAUUGGUGAUCUUAUUGCAACUUGUUAUGGCGGUCGAAAUCGUGCUGUUUGUGAAGCGAUGGUGAAAACUAAAAAGGUAUUUACUACGAAGAAUUUCUCUGAUCAAAUUUUUUAUUUCCUUGAUUACUAA